CCUACUACAACUGUUACUGCUCCAUCCCUCUCAAGAAACAUAUAACUCUCAGUCUUUGAAAACCAUGACUUCUCAAAAUUCUCUCUCCAUUUCCAAGAGCUCGGUUCUCAUUGCCGGAGCUACUGGUUUUAUGGGUCAGUUUUUGACGGCAGCUAGUCUACAUUCCGGUCAUUCUACAUAUGUUCUUGUCCGAUCAACUCCUAUUUGCCCUUCUAAAGCCAAAAUUAUAAGUUCUUUUGAAGAUAAAGGAGCCGUAGUCUUGCAUGGUUUGAUUAAUGAUACGGACAAAAUGGAGAAGAUACUAAGGAAGCAUAAGAUUGACGCAGUGAUAUCAACAGUAGGUGGGGAGAGUAUAUUGGAUCAGAUUCCUCUACUCCACGCUAUUAAAACUGUUGGUACUGUAAAGAGAUUUUUGCCAUCAGAAUUCGGGCACGACGUUGACAGGGCUGAACCGGUGGAACCAGGACUAGGAAUGUACCUGGAGAAGCGCAAGAUCAGACGCGUGAUUGAGGAGUACGGCAUACCUUACACUUACAUUUGUUGCAAUUCCAUUGCUUCCUGGCCCUACUUUGACAACACUCAUCCCUCGGAGGUUCUUCCGCCGUUGGAUCAGUUCCAAAUCUACGGUGAUGGCACCAUCAAAGCUUACUUCGUAGCUGGAACUGACAUUGGCAAAUUUACAAUGAAAGUUGUGGAUGAUGUUCGAACUAUAAAUAAGUCGGUACAUUUCAGACCAUCCUGCAAUUUUUACGACAUGAAUGAGCUUGCAGCUCUUUGGGAAAAGAAAAUCGGAAGGACCCUCCCUCGAGCUACCGUCACUGAACAUGAUCUACUUUCUGCAGCUUCAGAGAAUCGCAUACCAGAAAGUAUUGUUGCAUCAUUGACACAUGAUAUUUUCAUAAAAGGAUGCCAGGUAAAUUAUUCAAUUGAUGGUCCGAAUGAUGUUGAGGUGUGUAGUCUGUAUCCGGAGGAAGGUUUCCGUAGCCUGGAUGAAUGUUUUGGUGACUUUGUUGGUAGAAUAAAUGAGAAGCAUAUCAGCAAGGAUGAAAAUGCUGCUGCAAACCAUGUGGUUGAGCCGUUGAUAGUAACGGCAACUUGUGCCUAGCUUCAUAUAUAGUUCCUGAGUUGAGAUGAUGGGGAAAAAGAAAUAAUAGAAGUAGCAAGUGAUUUUGUUUGCUUUGGUUUAAAAUGGAAUACCAAAUGUGUGUAUUUGUUAAUUGUCAUGGCAGGUAAAAUUAGAAUGGGAAAUAGGAAGGGAAGUGUCAUUCCUGUUAAUAAACUUGAUACUGUUUCAGAAGGUGCAUGUUGAACAUUAUGCUAGUUAUAUUUAUCAAUAAAUAAACAGCAUCCCUCAUUA